CAGGAGCCGAGUAGAGUAGGCCAGGAGAAACUGGGCCAGGCUGCACUCUUAGCUCGAGGGGCCUCGAGGACUCUUCGCGUCCCUGGAGACAAGGGCACUACACGCACUUCAUAAUGAAGAGUUGCGGGAGCAUGCUGGGCCUCAGGGGGCUGCGGCUCCCCCCGGCGGGGAUCCUGCUCCUGUUGCCGUUCCUGCAGCCGCGGCUGCUGCCCGCGGCCCCCGCGCCCCAUCGCGCUUCCUACAAACCGGUCAUCGUGGUGCACGGGCUCUUUGACAGCUCAUACAGCUUCCGCCACCUGCUGGAAUACAUCAACGAGACACACCCUGGGACUGUGGUGACAGUGCUCGAUCUCUUCGAUGGGAGAGAGAGCUUGCGACCCUUGUGGGAACAGGUGCAAGGGUUCGGAGAGGCUGUGGCCCCCAUCAUGGCAAAGGCCCCCGAAGGGGUGCAUCUCAUCUGCUACUCGCAGGGGGGCCUGGUGUGCCGGGCACUGCUCUCCGUCAUGGAUGAGCACAAUGUGGAUUCUUUCAUCUCUCUCUCCUCUCCACAAAUGGGACAGUAUGGAGAUACGGACUAUUUGAAGUGGCUCUUCCCUACCUCCAUGAGGUCUAACCUCUACCGGAUCUGCUAUAGCCCUUGGGGCCAGGAAUUCUCCAUCUGCAACUACUGGCACGACCCCCACCAUGAUGACUUGUACCUGAAUGCCAGCAGCUUCCUGGCCCUGAUCAAUGGCGAAAGAGAUCAUCCCAACGCCACUGCAUGGAGGAAGAACUUUCUUCGUGUGGGCCGUCUGGUGCUGAUUGGGGGCCCUGAUGAUGGUGUUAUUACCCCCUGGCAGUCUAGCUUCUUUGGUUUCUAUGACGCAAAUGAGACGGUCUUGGAGAUGGAGGAGCAACCGGUUUAUCUGCGGGAUUCUUUUGGGUUGAAGACUCUCUUGGCCCGGGGAGCCAUAGUGAGGUGUCCGAUGGCUGGGAUCUCCCACACGGCCUGGCACUCCAACCGUACCCUUUAUGAGGCCUGCAUUGAACCCUGGCUCUCCUGAGGAUGUCCUCAGGGAUCCCCCAGGAACUCCCCAGCCCAGAGACCAAGCAGUGGCCUUGGAAAGCAGAUGCCAGGCUCCCGUGUGCCUGUGACCACCCCAUUGCUCCCACACUGCCCGCACCAACCAGGGCUCCCAGGACCCCUUCCUCUUCUCCUCUGUGAAUGACCUCAUGUCUGGGGUUUGCUCCGUGCUCUCUCACCCUCGCAAGGCCGAGGCUGGGAAGAGAGAAACCAGGUUUUGAACUUGCAGCUACUCUGCUGCUCCUCGGUCUCGGGCUGUACCGGAGGAGAACCCGACCCCUGCCCGCUGCGGGGGUCUCCUUCCAGGCCACUCAGGUCAUUUUUAGCUUCUGUUCUCCCCAUGUUCCCUUUUCCUCAGCCCUCCCAACUCCCAGGAAGGGACUACCCAUGAGAGUGGGAUUCUGAGGCUCCCCUAUGGGGACAGUUCUGUUCUUGAAAUGUCAGUGUUGGGGAUUAUCUAUGGCCUGUGAGGCCCAUCUCAGGUUUGGGGAUCCCCCCAGUCCCUAUGUUCAGUGUUGGGGUACCCCCUGGGAGCCUAGUUUCUUUGAGGUCCCAGCCCCUCUUUUAGCUGCCAUUGAAUGGGUGUUAACCCUGUAUUAAUGGAAAUAAAGUUCCAUUUCCUCAGUGUGGCUUGGCUCAUUUCCAGGUGAGGGGGACCUGGCUCUCCAAGGAGGGUGGGGAUGGAGAGCCUGAGGUCUGGGUGCCCGGAUGCCUGGUCUGGGGUGGGACCCCCUUGGUAUUUCCGCUCUCUAAAUGCCCAUUCUGUGUGGGUUCCUGAUUCUCUGUGGGUUCUUUCCUGCAGAGGACAAUUCUCUUCCUGUCCCAACCUAAGCUUGGGGGGCUGAACCCAGGGCUCCAGUGGUUUGUGCCCCAGCCUCAUGGAUGGAAUGUGCCUGCCACCCCCAGGCUAGACGAGGGGCCUAAGGGUCAGGGUGGGCAUUCGUUGUACCCCUUUUUGACCUUUGUAGGCCACAGUUGGGUGAGGGGCUGGACAAUGAGCCUCCUCUUCCUUGAAAGAAGGAAUUUUGGUGGAGACAAUAGGGCCCUGUCUACUCUCGCAUGGGGGGUGGUGGCUGACUCAACUCUGCCCCCCCCCCCCAAGG